UCGGGUGCCUUUUGUUGAACCAUCAACAUAAGCACCUUUGGAGAUCCCGAGGGGCUUCACACAAGAACCAGCCGUCAUCUCGCGCACUGAGCGACCACCUUUCAGCGGCGCAGCCAUGUCUAAAUCAUUUUACGUAGACUCUUUAAUCAUCAAGGAUCCGGUGCGACCCGGACCAGCUGAGCAUCCGGGACACGACUUCCUUAUUCCCAUCAGCAUGCACUCUCCGGGCGUGAUGGCAGUCACAGCUCCGGUGUGCCCCUCCAGGAAAACGGGGACUUUUUGCGUUUGCCCGCUGUGCGUGACGUCCCACAUCCAGUCUUCCCGCAGCGGGAUUCCCAUUCUGAAGAGUCAGUUUCCAGGAGUGGAAGCGCAGUUUUGCCAAAGGUUAUCCCAACAGCAGUCUCCUGCGCUCGCGCAUCCGGGACACACACCUGUCUGCACACCCACCUUCGGCGUCACAGAUCCAAGGAGGUACCACUGUCUCUCAGUUGGCGACUCAGAGAACAACCACAUACAGAACGGGAAGAGGAUGCGCACGGCGUUCACCAGCACACAGCUCCUGGAACUUGAACGGGAGUUUUCCACGAACAUGUAUCUCUCUAGACUCAGAAGGAUCGAGAUCGCCACGUACUUGAACCUAUCAGAGAAGCAGGUGAAAAUCUGGUUUCAGAACCGCAGAGUGAAGCACAAGAAGGAGGGCAAAACCACUCAAAGGAGCGCGCAAGGCGGGUGCAAGUGCACAAGCUCUCACACGGACUAUUCACGGUCAGAGGAUGACGAGGCUUUAUCUCCGGCCUCUGCAACGGAGGAGAAGGUGUCCCUCAUUUAAGAGAAUACACGAAAAAAUAAAAUAAACUCGAUUCCCUCGAGUCCCACUGCUGGCACUUAUUGCUCUUCCCUGCAUGCUGCAGAUUUAGGUCCCGGCUUCACGCCACGUCAGCGCCAAACAAACCUGCAUGAAGUCCGAAAAAGCUCCUACAUGUUCCCUCUAACUUAAAAUCAUGUGAUUGUAUGUUUGUGGAAUAUUUGGAGACAUAACGUUUGUGUAAAACACUGAUGAUGUGCUGUAGUUCUGGAUCUUUGUGCAUAUGUCCAAUUUUCACAGAUUAUCCGGUAAAUAUUGUCCAUUUUUGACUGAUCGAAGUGUUUAAAGUAAAACAAAAUCUUUAGAGUUAGACAUUCUACACAGUCAUAGUAAACAAUGAGUAUCUGUAUUUAUUGUAUUAAAGUUGACGAGUUUACCCCAGAAUUUGUCAGUACAUUUUAUCGUUGUCGUGACUCGAGGUAAGUGCUUAACCCAAGACAUGCAGAAUCAUCACACGUAGUCCAAAGGUCUUUAUUAUAAUAACGGUGACUGAAACAGCAGGGAAGUCCUGUGGGGAUGAGCAAUACGGCUCGAGUCUCUGAGGUGCUCAGGAUAAUCAGGAGAGGAGGGGAAGCCGGGGAGGACGCUGGGCAGAGGGUGAGAGAUCCCGGAGGGGUGAGGUAGCAGAGGGAAAGCCAAACAGGAACGGCGGAGGAGGAUGGGACAUGAUGAGUAUGUUCCAGAAAACGAAGACAGCAAGGGUGAGUAGACGAUGAUGAUGAUCCUGAGCGAGACAAAAACAGGCGUAAGGGAUAAUCCAAUUCCAAAUCCAAAAUACAAUCCAAGGUCAUAAAUCCACCAGUCGAAGGAGAGUCAAAACACGAGUUAACAAGAUCAAAGUUCAGAGUCGAGCGGCUGGUGCUCCCUAAACUGGUGCAAUCGUCCGGCAAAGUGAAAUGUCUCCAUCCUCCUUUUAAACCCGCGUUCCUGGUCUGGGAAUCGCCUGCAGCUGUUGCUCCCU